AUGGCUCAACCCAUCGAGAAUGUUCCCACGGCCAUGUUUUCUCCAUCUGUGGCACGAAUCGCUGCAUCGACAGCCAAGGACUGGUCGUACAUAGAUUCUUGGCUCGCUUCCAAGCUUUCCAAUAGCCGCAGCUUGCCUACUUUCGAACGUAACUCCUCAACUCUCAAGGCCUUGCUAGCGCUUGUCAGUUUAAAUGAGGGUGCUGACGAGAACUGCAAUUUGAUGGCCGAUGCAAACCAAACUGCUUUGGACGAGAACAGUUGCGCUAGUGUGCAGUUUGAAGAAAUAGAAGGUGUCUUGCCUCGACUUUGGACCACGUCGGCAAUACGCGAUGAACUCCUAUCGGCCAUUCAUGGAAAUCUCAACCAAGAUGGAAAAGCCGCUCUUGAUGCUCUUGGAGACAUGGCCGUGCAGCAAGGAACCAGCCUUCCAGAUCUGCACGAACUUGGCGGCCAACACAUGGCUCUGAUAAUAACUCUAUUCGAAGCCUCACAGGCGGCCCUGCGAAUUGACGCCUGGAGAAAUCUGCUUCUUCGAGAAUAUACCAAGACUACGGAGUGGCUGACUACCACAGUGAAAAGCCAGCAUUACACAUUGCCACCUGGACUAGUCAAACAUAACCUGGACCUGCAGCGAAAAAUUAAAUCCUUAAUUGCUCAACGACCAGAUAUACAGGAGCGCCAGUCAGCUGCAGUUUCGUCCCGGCAAGGCUUCCACCCAACCGUCCAGCUCGUUGCACAUGAGGAGGAGCAGUUUCUAGACAUAUUAAUACGUAAAAAGGAAUUGGAUUCUCAGAUAAUGGACUUUAGGGGGUUGCCGAGUGAUGAACACAAAGCAAGGGAUGAAGUUGAGGCACUCCGCCAAAAAUUGAGAGUGGUUGCCUCUCGCAGAGAUGAAGUUUUUGAAGGUUUAGUUGAGAAAGCAAGCCCAGUCAAGCGGCAUCAAGGGGGUUGCAGUCGUUGA